GAAUAUCAUUCACCACAAAGUUGCAUAUCUUACUGUGUUGAAUAUCUUACUACACAGAGUUACAUAUCUUAUUGUGUUGAAUAUCAUUCACCACAAAGUUGCAUAUCUUACUGUGUUGGAUAUCAUUCAGCACAGAGUUGCAUAUAUUAUUGUGUUGAAUAUCAUUCACCACAAAGUUGCAUAUCUUACUGUGUUGAAUAUCAUUCAGCACAGAGUUGCAUAUAUUAUUGUGUUGAAUAUCAUUCACCACAAAGUUGCAUAUCUUACUGUGUUGAAUAUCAUUCAGCACAGAGUUGCAUAUAUUAUUGUGUUGAAUAUCAUUCACCACAAAGUUGCAUAUCUUAUUGUGUUGAAUAUCUUACUACACAGAGUUACAUAUCUUAUUGUGUUGAAUAUCAUUCACCACAAAGUUGCAUAUCUUUUUGUGUUGAAUAUCUUACUACACAGAGUUGCAUAUCUUAUUGUGUUGAAUAUCAUUCACCAAAAAGUUACAUAUCAUUCAGUAUAAAAUUUAGAAUAAAAUGA